CUUCCAUCUAACCAACCGGUCAAAUUACAAACAAAAUAUCUAUUAGGAGUACAAAAACAAAACAAAAAACGGUGGUAUUAAUAAAUAAAUAAAUACUUAGUACAAAUACAAGGGCAUUUGUGGCAAUUCUCAGUUACACUUCCUCCAUAACUUAAGGAUGGAGUCAUCCUGUAUUCUUUUACUCGCCUGCACUUGCCAUCACCCCACAGCUCACUCACCCAAGUCACCUUCCCCUAUAAAUUAAUUUAUUCAUUUCAUCAUCAGAUCUUUCUAAAAACAAACCAAAUUAAAGGAAAUUUACUCCUCCCACUUCCUUCCAUUCCACUAUCCCAGAAAAACCCAUCAAAGAUCAAACCAGAAAAGAAGUUACUACACACAAAACAGUAGCCUUUUUUUUGGGAGCUAAAAAAAAUUUGAUCUUUUUUGAGAUUGAUAAUACCUUUAGAAGAUGAGAACUAGCAAUCACUUGAUAGGGUUGUUGAACUUCUUAACUUUUUUAGCUUCCAUACCCAUAUUAGGAGGUGGGAUAUGGCUGAGCAGCAGGGCAAAUAACACAGACUGUAUGCAGUUUCUUCAGUGGCCUUUAAUCAUAAUAGGGGUAGCUAUUAUGGUGGUUUCUUUGGCUGGAAUUGCUGGGGCCUGUUACAGGAACACUUUCUUAAUGUAUUUGUACUUGUGGGCCAUGUUCAUUAUCAUAGCUGUGCUUAUUGGGUUUGUGAUUUUUGCUUAUGCUGUGACUGAUAGAGGAACAGGGAGACCUGUUCUGGGCAAAGCUUAUCAGCAGUAUUAUCUGCAGGAUUAUUCAGGAUGGUUGAAAGACAGGGUUGUUAGUGAGAGUUAUUGGUCAAAGAUCAGUUCUUGUAUUAGGGAUUCACAUACUUGUGGUAAGCUGAGAAGGACUUAUAAUGGAAUUCCUGAGACUCCUGAAUUGUUUGAUCUGAGAAAGCUUAAUCCAAUUCAGUCUGGAUGUUGCAAACCUCCUUCAGAGUGUGGGUACAUUUAUCAGAAUGAGACAGUCUGGGUCCCGGGAAGUGGCCUAAUUGCAACUGAUCCGGAUUGUUCAAGGUGGAGCAAUGAUCAACAGACACUUUGCUAUAACUGUGAUUCUUGUAAAGCUGGCGUUCUGGGAAGCCUGAAGAAGAGUUGGAGAAAGGUUUCCGUGAUCAACAUAGUUAUCUUAAUCAUUCUGGUAAUUGUCUAUGUCAUUGCUUGUGCCGCUUUCAGGCACGAUAAACGGAUUGACAAUGAUGAGCCUUAUGGCGAAACACGAAUGGAGAAGGCACGACCCAGCAGGAUACAUUUUUGAAACAACAGUCCAAAAAGAAAGCAGUAAAUUUGGUACCUAGUUACCUUCUUUUUUGUAAUCUGUUUUUUUUUUUUUUAGAUGGAAAGAUUUGUUCUUGAUGUGAUUUUGGAAGGUAAGGUUGACAUUGCUUGUGUGCAUAUUUUGUACUGAAUUUGAGACGGGUCUUGUUUAAUUCCACUGAAGCAAUACUUUAUGGUCAAAUUGUGAUUACAGAAAACACUGUUCGGUGCUUCCUAUUAGAGUAUCCAAAAGGCCUCCAAAGAUCGAUCUAUCCACUAAUGGGAUCAAAACCGCAGACUCUAAACAUUGAUUGAUUUACCCACUUUUAGAUUAAAACUGC